AUGUCAUUUCUUCCAACUGAUCAACAAAUAAAAGACAUUCAAGAAGCUGGCAUACCAUUAACUAUGAAAAAAAUACUGAAUUCUGGGUUAAGAGAUGAUGGUGAAGAAUAUUUGUCAUUAAAAAAUUGUAUGGCUGCAAUUGAUAGACAUUUGAAAAGUCACAUU